AUGCAUUUCUCCAAGCCUCUGAUCCUGGCCUUCGCCGCCAGCGUUGCUGCUCAAGACCCUAGCUCGCUUGUCAGCUCCGCCGUCUCAAUUGCCACCUCCAUCGCGAGCGACAUCACCUCGGCGGCGGGCAGUGCCACCUCCGAGGCCGGCUCCGCCAUCACUUCAGUCACAUCCCUUGCGUCGUCCCUCGCGAGCAGCGUCCCCUCUGGCGCCGAGUCGCUCGUCUCGUCUGUCGAAUCCAAGGCUUCUUCGAUCGACGCUUCCGCGUCCUCCAAGAUCGCCAGUCUCUCAUCCGUGGCAGCUACCGCCAGCCCCUCGGCUCAGAGCAGCAUCUCGAGCGAAAUUAGCAGUGUCCUAGCCAGCGCAAGCUCUGCAGAGAGCAGUCUCGUGAGCAGCGCCACGUCGGCAGCCUCCUCCUUCGCAUCCUCGGCUUCCAGAACUGCCAGCAGCUUUGCGUCCUCUGCUUCGUCGGCCGCGUCUUCGGCAACUUCUUCGGCGGCGAGCAGUGCUUCCUCGGCUGCCACCAGUGCAACCAGUGCAGCUGGCAACGGUGCUGCCGAUGGCUAUAACGUGCCUGCUGUUGGAAUGUUGGGCAGUCUUCUCUUGGGUGUGGCUGCGCUCUUGUAA